AUGUGUUAUAACGGACCAAGGAUGACAAAGAGAAUGGGAUAUCGAGACUGGAGAUGGCAGGCGCUUUGGUGGUAUAAUUUCUUUCUCUUGUGGAGUACAAUAGACGGACAGACUCGUUACAGCAUCCCAGAGGAACUAAAACAAGGCUCUGUGGUAGGAAAUCUAGCCAAAGAUCUUGGUUUGGGACUGUCUGAGAUUUUUGACCGUAAACUGCGAGUCGCCUCUGAGGCUGGUGAGCAGUAUUUCAGUGUGGAUGCGGGGAAGGGCGAGCUGGUGGUGAGUGACAGAAUAGACAGAGAGGCUUUAUGCGGACAAAGCGCCAGCUGUGUUCUACCUCUGCAAGUAGUUGUUGAAAAUCCUUUGCAGUCUCAUCGAAUUGAAGUGGAAAUAAGAGACAUAAAUGACAAUCAUCCUAGUUUUCUUACCCAAGAGAUAAAUCUUAAAAUCCCAGAAUCAGUUGCGCUUGGCAAACGUUUUCCCUUGGAGAGCGCAGAGGACCCCGAUGUUGGAAGCAAUUCUUUGAAAACCUACUCUCUGAGCAAAAAUGAUUAUUUUUCUCUAAAAUUUAAAGACACGAAAAAUGGUAAAGCGGUCCCAGAAUUAGUGUUAGAAAAGCCAUUAGACCGGGAGAAGAAUUCUCUCCAUCAGCUGCUGUUGACAGCAUUAGAUGGAGGAAACCCAGCCACAUCAGGAACCUGUAAGAUCACCAUUACUGUGCUUGAUGCUAAUGACAAUUUCCCAGUGUUCAGCGAAAAUGAAUACAAAGUCUCUUUAAAGGAGAACAGCACCAAAGGAACAUUUGUGGUCAAACUUACAGCCACAGAUGCUGACGAUGGUGUUAAUAGUGAAGUUAAAUAUUCUUUCGGGUCCCGAACUCCAGACUUUGUGUUAUCUACAUUUGAAAUCAACGAGAUAACAGGAGAAAUUGUAUUGAAAGGAAUGCUAGAUUAUGAAAGCUCUAAAUCAUACCUUAUCGAUAUAAUCGCUAAAGACAAAGGCGUCCCCGAAAUGGAGGGUCAUUGUCGUGUACAGGUGGACGUAGAGGACAUAAAUGAUAAUGCUCCAGAAAUUGUGCUCACUUCAAAACCCAGUCCUGUGCGUGAGGACGCACCAAGUGGCACGGUCGUGGCUUUGAUCAGUGCACGGGACCUUGACUCUGGUGUUAACGGUAAAGUGGCGUUAAAGCUUCCCACACGCUCUCCUUUCACUCUAAAACCCUCAUUUUCUAAUAAUUAUGAACUGGUUACCAGUGGUCAUUUAGACCGAGAGAGCUUUUCUCACUAUAACAUUGAGAUAACAGCCACUGAUUCAGGCUCUCCUCCUCUGUCCAGUAAGAAAACUAUACCUGUCACCAUCACUGAUGUCAAUGACAACCCUCCUCUAUUCACUCAGCCCUCCUAUAAUGUGUAUUUAAAAGAGAAUGGGGUACCAGGAUCUAUACUGUACUCAGUAUCAGCAUCUGACCUGGAUUUUGGUGAAAAUGCUAAAAUCUCUUACUCUAUACUGGACUCUAAAGUGCAGGACGUUUCUGUGUCGUCGUAUGUUUACAUCAACUCAGAUAACGGCAGCAUCUACAGCAUGCACUCGUUUGACUAUGAGAAACUGAAGGUGUUUCAGAUUCAGGUUCAGGCCAAGGAUCAGGGCUCUCCGUCUCUCAGCAGCAACGCCACAGUCCAUGUUUUUAUCCUGGACCAGAACGACAACGCCCCCGCUGUUAUUUACCCGUCCUCCGCUGCCCUGGGCUCCCUCUCUCAUCAGAGGAUGCCCCGCUCGGCUAAAGCGGGUCACCUGGUUACUAAGGUGACGGCCGUGGACGCUGACUCGGGCCAUAACGCCUGGAUCUCCUACAAACUGGCAGAGGCCACAGACGCCUCUCUGUUCACCGUCAAUCUGUACACAGGGGAGGUGAGGACUAAACGCGCUGUGUCCGAGCGGGACGACUCCUCUCAGAGGCUGCUUAUAGAGAUCAAGGACGACGGGGAACCGGUCCAGUCCGCCACCAUCACGGUGUCCAUCCUCAUGGAGGACGGUCUCCAUGAGCCCAUCUUAGACCUGCGACAGAAAGCGACCGAGCCCAGCAAGAAAAAUGGCAGAAUCACCCUUUAUUUGAUUCUGUCUCUGGCCUCGGUGUCCGUGCUGUCUCUGCUGACUUUUCUCAUCUUAGCGGUUAAAUGCAUCAGGAGCAGCAGAAGCAGCGGUAGUUGCUGCGUGAGACGGAGCGACUGUGAUGAUUACAAGAACCCCAACAGAAACCUGCAGAUUCAGCUCAACACUGACGGACCUAUAAAGUACGUGGAGGUCCUGGGAGGAGACAUGUUGUCUCAGAGUCAGUCCUUCAGGUCCUGCAUGUCUCCAAUGUCAGAGUACAGUGAUUUCACUUUGAUUAAGCCCAGCAGCACCACAGACUUUAAGGAGGUGAUCAGUGUCUUGGAUGCGUCUUUACCUGACAGCACCUGGACCUUCGAGAGCCAGCAGGUGAGCAGAGAGUAA